AUGGAAAAUAAGGCAUUGAGAAAUCACGUAAUCAAAAGUCUCCAAGAAAUCGACGUGGACAACUGCGAGUUACAAUGCUACCUUGAGCCGAACUGUGUAUCAUACAACUAUGGUCCGUCUCUCUGUGAACUAAAUGAUAUGACACAUUUGCAAGCCCCAUUAGACGACAUGGAAGCUAGAGAUGGAUCUACAUAUCGUGCAAUAUUUUACGUAAGUAAUAUGGUUGAACCAGGGGUAUUAUAUCAUAUCGGAAGUAUUCAAACAUUUUUUGAACUUUAUUAUUGAUUUUUUUCUUAAUUAUUUAUUUUUUUUAUUUUAUUUAUUUUUCUAUCUAUUAUCAUAUUAUUUCUACAGAAUCCUUGUCUGAAUGGUCCAUGUCUAAAUGGCGCAACCUGCCAAACAGGAUUUGGAAGUCAUGGAUACCGAUGUGUUUGCGUCAAUGGUUUUCAAGGGGAUAAUUGUGAAAUGGGUAAGGUAACUUGAGGAAAAAAAUGCCUGUGUUAGUAAACGUAAUAUCUAUGUAAAUUAAAGUGUGUAUUGUUAUUAUUAUAGGUUUAGUAUGAUCGUUAGGAUGAACUUAUCCUUGCCGUUGUUGUUACUCACAUUGCGUUCUUGACAUUUCUGAUCUUAGGUACCGCAAAAUUCCGUAAGUAAGCCCCGGAGCUUAUAUUUUUCAAAGGCCCUUUUUGAGGGGCUUAUCUACGGAGGGAAAUUUGCGUUUCAAAAUCGAUUGGGCUAGCCUUAUAGUUGGAAGUAAAUUUACCGUUUUACUUUGUAUUUGGGGGCACUUUUCCAAGUACAACCCCCGGGUGGCUUAUAUUUGGAAGGGCGAUUUAACGGAGGAUUUUUUGCGUUACCGGUUUGGGGGGCUUAUAUUUGGAGGGGCUUAUACAUGGAAGGGCUUAUUUUCGGAAUUUUACGGUAUGUGAAAAAGGCGCGCGUGUCAAAUCGGACCUGCAUGACUUGCUCUUCAUUAUCCUUUCCAAGCGCUGUGAAUUGAGAGCCCGUCUGUUGUUCGGAGGGUCAUACUUUCGUAUCGUGUUGAUGAGACUGAGCGAUACUCAUGGCUCUCUAUUUGUCCAAGCUUAUGGUCGUUAUGGACCUUAUGCUCAUGUAUUGUUGAUAAAAUUGCGAAUUUACAUCUGUUUUCAUUACCUUAUUUUAUAAUUAUUUCUUACUUUAUGAAGAUGUCGAUGAGUGCACAUCAGAAACUCACGACUGUCCGGCAAAUGGUGUAUGCACAAAUGUGGAAGGAUCCUUUCAGUGUGAAUGUCAGUCAAGAUUUACAGGAGAUGGCAAAACCUGUGAUGGUAGGUAA